CACGACAAAUGCUCUAAACCGUGCCCUUCGUUUGUGUACUCUUAUGUCGAUGGGGCCGUGGCCGGGUUUCUUGCUAAUGACACCAUCGUAGUCCACGCAAAGAAUCGACCCAAUACGAAUCAAUAUAUUUCUUUCGGUUGUGCUCAAUCCUCAUAUAGAGUGCAGUUGGGUCUCAUAGGGUUCGGAAAAGGCCCGCUCUCACUCCCUUCGCAGCUAGGGUUUACGAAUAACGGGUUCGCUUAUUGCUUUUUAUCUUUCGAUUUAUCGAGCAACCCUAAUGUUUCGGCCCCACUAAUUCUAGGCCACCUAGCGACAUCCUUGAAAGAGCAUUUGAAGUUCACCCCAAUGCUAUGGAAUCCCAUGUCCCAGUAUUUGUACUACAUUGGUCUCGAGAGUGUUACCGUGGGCAACAAGGUAAAUAUACAAGCCCCCGAAAGCUUGAGAGUGUUUAGCCCGUCGGGUAAAGGCGGCAUGUUGAUCGACUCCUCAACUAGCAACACGCAUUUACCCGACCCUCUUUAUUCGCAACUUCAGGAGGCGAUAAAGUCCAUGGUAAAAUACACCUCAAUCUUUGUUGAGCUCCAUGCCAAUGGUAGCUCAAACUCAUUAAUCCUAAGUUUAACUCACUCGAGGUCGAAAAUUCGUCCUACUCGAAAACUCGACUAUUAUGAUUACACGUCCAAGAAAACACCCGAUGGCAUCGUGCCACUCAACGAGAUACGAGACGGGCACGUUAUGUCCCUCUCAGUAGGCUCUCCUUCUCAAACCAUCGACAACUUACUCCUUAGCACGGGUAGCGAUCUCGUCUGGAUGCAUUGUGGGACUUCAUCCAACCAUUUCGAAUGCAUCGAUUGCACUGACCCGUACUAUACUAAAUACAAUACCUCGUUUUUCAAUCCUUCCUUGUCAAAGUCGAUAGCAAGCGAGCCUUGCACGAGUCCUCUUUGUGCUGAUAUUCAUAACUCCGACUAUUACGACACUUGCACCACGGCCGGUUGUGCGUUGAGGGACAUAGUCCACGACAAAUGCUCUAAACCGUGCCCUUCGUUUGUGUACUCUUAUGUCGAUGGGGCCGUGGCCGGGUUUCUUGCUAAUGACACCAUCGUACUCCACGCAAAGAAUCGACCCAAUACGAAUCAAUAUAUUUCUUUCGGUUGUGCUCAAUCCUCAUAUAGAGUGCAGUUGGGUCUCAUAGGGUUCGGAAAAGGCCCGCUCUCACUUCCUUCGCAGCUAGGGUUUACGAAUAACGGGUUCGCUUAUUGCUUUUUAUCUUUCGAUUUAUCGAGCAACCCUAAUGUUUCGGCCCCACUAAUUCUAGGCCACCUAGCGACAUCCUUGAAAGAGCAUUUGAAGUUCACCCCAAUGCUAUGGAAUCCCAUGUCCCAGUAUUUGUACUACAUUGGUCUCGAGAGUGUUACCGUGGGCAACAAGGUAAAUAUACAAGCCCCCGAAAGCUUGAGAGUGUUUAGCCCGUUGGGUGAAGGCGGCAUGUUGAUCGACUCCUCAACUAGCAACACGCAUUUACCCGACCCUCUUUAUUCGCAACUUCAGGAGGCGAUAAAGUCCAUGGUAAAAUACAGUCGGGCCUCAGACGUGGAGGCUAAGUCGUCGUUUGACCUAUGUUACCAAGUCCCUACCAAGUAUGCGAAACCCCGCGGUUUUCCCUCGAUCACUUUCCAUUUCUUGAACAAUGUGAGCCUUAAACUACCCCCCGGGAAUGUCUUUUAUAAAGUGGCUCCACCCAACGGCUCGUUUAGGCCUGUGUGUCUAAUUAUGCAGAAAAUGGAUGACGACGAGGCGGCAGCCGCCGUGUUUGGAAGCUUCCAACAGCAGAACAUCGAAGUUGUUUAUGAUCUACAGAACGAGAGAGUCGGAUUUCAGACAGUUGACUGUGUCUCGUACGGAAAGCAACAUGGGCUU